UUCUAUAUAAGCACGUCACACUAGAUCAAGACUGUCGCAGUCUAACUACAUUAGUAGCAUUUAAUAUAGUACCUCUGACUUAUUGCUUGACCGCAGUUCACAUUAUCAAUGGCGUGUCCUGCAAAUCACACAGAGUUGAACCCAGCCCUCCUCCCUCUAGACUGGCUUCUGGGUACCUGGGAGUCAGAUGAGCCUGGGGAGGGCUGCUUUCCCACCAUAAACCCUUUCCGCUACACAGAGACACUGCACUUCAGUCAUGUGGGACAACCAGUUAUCAGUUUCAUGUUCAACGCCUUCCAUGCAGAGUCUAAAAAGCCUCUGCACAGGGAGUGUGGCUUCAUUCGAGUGCAGCCGGGAACCAAUAGAGUGGCGUUUAUCAUCGCACAAAACUCAGGUCUGGUGGAGAUUGAGGAGGGGGAGCUGACGGGGCAGCAGCUGAACCUGCGGACCCACGCUCUGGCUAGAAUUUCUUUUGCCAAGGAGCCGCAUGUACAGCAGAUUUCCAGAGUGUUUCAGCUCCGACCAGAUGGGAGGCUGGAGCAGACAGUUUCCAUGGCAACAGACAACCAUCCACUGAUGCAGCACUUGCACAUCACCUACCGUCGGUCAUCUUGACCGAACAAUUAGGCAGGCUUCUUAAACAUGGAAAUACCUUAGUCUGGCAUGUUGCUUAAACAAAAGGCCCGAUCCGUAAUCACAGUUGGGUCAGAAAACCAUAUAAACAACUCCAGUUAUACAAUGAUAUCAUUUUAUAAUAUGGUACGUGGAAUGUGGUAAAGGAGUUAUGGUGUCAGAUCAGCGUACCUGUUAAAUUAAAAUAAUUUAAGGAAAACCGUUAAUUAUAGAUAUUACAUAAUAUACAGGAAUAACAGGGCAUUGUUAGGCACUACAGUGCCUGAGGGUUAAAGUUACUGUGAAAUUCAAAAAUAAUCAAAAUAAAUGAAGGUUUAAUAAUGCAUUUCCAUUAAGUUGUUAUACUCAAUGGCCUCACUUGUGAAGCAUUAUACUUGGAAUGUGUGCUCAAGUAAUGUUGAUGUUUAUUGUCCAGAUGUUUGAUCUUUGAGUUGUAAAGCUUAUAAAGCACUGAUGAAAUAUUA